AUGGGUGGCAUUCCUUUUGGCGCUCUUGAGAACCUCAAGAACAAGGUCCAGGACCUCAUCAAGAAGAAGCUCAACAAGAACAAGGCCGAGGACAAGCCCGCCGAAACAACAACUGCUGCGGACGCUGCGGCCCCUGCUGCAGCUGACGCCACCAAGACGGAGGGCGCAGCUCCUGCUGAUUCCACUCCUGCCACCACCGCUGCGGCUCCUGUUGCCGAUGCCCCACAGGCAACCGAAGCUGCCAAGGCUGACGCUACGGCUCCUGCCGUUUCUGCCGAGUCCGCUGCUGCGGCUCCCGAGGCUGCUGCGGCUCCCGAGGCUGCUGCGGCUCCCGCGGCCGUUGCAGAUGUCGAGAAACCCGCCGCGACCCCCGCCCCCGCUACCACUGCGGCCUAA